CAGACCUCAUUUGAUCAGUCGGAUUUUACAGGGCAAGGGGAGGGGUGGGCAGGAUUGCUGUGUCCAGACCAGCUGAUUUAUCCCUCCCCCGCCCCCACCCCUCAAAGAGCCGAUGACCCAGAGGAAUCUCUCACCGGAGGAUGGGGACUGCAGGAAAAGAGAAAUAUUUUCCGUAGCCCUUCCAUGGUAGGGGGAGUCUGGUUGGCCUGGGGGUAUGAGGGUCCCUUUGCCCCCCGGGUGGGGAACGGUGUCUGGGACUCAUUUCAACCCAGGUCUAGCAAACCCCAUUUCUAACCUGCUGUGACUGGUCAGUGUGGACGGGCUCUGCAUCACGGUUCUGUGCGCUAGCACAGUUCUGGUAAAGAGCCCAACUGCCCUGCCCCACCAUUCAGAGCUUCUAGGAUGGAUUCUCUGGGGGCUGCCUCUGUUUGGGUCAUUCUCAUGCCCCAGCCUGGGGAUGGAGGGGUAUCGCCUAUGCCCCUGGGGCGGAUCUUUCCAAGACAUCCCAGCGCUGUCCCUCUGCGUCUCACUGCAGCCUCGGUUUGUGCUGGGGUCUCAGGCUGGAACGCAGAGUUGGGGAGGUUAAAGAUUUUCUUGCUCUGAAAGCAGGAGGAACACCCAGCUGAGGAGGAGAGAGCCGGAGAGCGAGAAGUGGGAUUCUUCCUUUUCUUUUUCGGAUUCUCCUUUCCUCCCUCCCCAUCGCCGUAGAGACGGUCUCCGGGGCGAGCGAAGGUGUCAGCGUGCGGAGAGGCAGGGGAAGCAUAGCAACCGGACUUCAGGAUGAAGAAGGUCCAGGAGCACCAUCUCCGGGAGCCCAUAAUUCCAGACCUGCUGAUGACCCCCAGCGACCAAGGAGAUGGGGACCUGGAGAUGGAGUACCCAGCAGAGAGAGGGAACUGGACCGGGAAGCUGGAUUUCCUUCUCUCUUGUAUUGGCUACUGUGUGGGGUUGGGGAAUGUGUGGCGGUUUCCGUACAGAGCUUACACCAAUGGGGGAGGAGCUUUCCUUGUUCCUUACUUCAUCAUGCUGGCAAUAUGUGGGAUCCCCAUCUUCUUCAUGGAGCUCUCGCUAGGCCAGUUCUCCAGCCUGGGGCCACUUGCCGUCUGGAAGAUAAGCCCGCUCUUUAAAGGUGUCGGGAUGGGCACGAUCCUGAUUGUCUCUCUGGUGGCCAUUUACUAUAACAUGAUCAUUGCUUACGUGCUCUUCUACCUCUUCGCGUCCCUGACAAGCAACUUGCCCUGGGAGCACUGCGGCAACUGGUGGAACACCGACCUCUGCUUGGAUCACCAGGUCAUCAAGGCAGGGAAUGCUGCCAUCCCAUUCAACAUCACCAACACCGUCAGCCCGAGCGAGGAGUACUGGAAUCGUUAUGUUCUGCAUAUCCAAGGGAGCUCUGGGAUCGGGGAUCCUGGGAGAAUCCGCUGGAAUCUGUGCCUCUGUCUACUGCUCUCCUGGGUCAUUGUGUACCUCUGUAUCCUCAAGGGAGUCAAAUCCUCCGGCAAGGUUGUGUAUUUCACUGCCACAUUCCCUUACUUCAUCCUGAUCAUGCUGCUUAUUCGUGGCGUGACCCUGGAGGGGGCCUGGAUAGGAAUCAAGUUCUACCUCACACCCCAGUUUGAUCACCUGCUGUCUUCCAAGGUGUGGAUAGAGGCAGCUCUGCAGAUCUUCUACUCCCUUGGGGUGGGCUUCGGGGGACUGCUCACUUUCGCGUCUUAUAACACCUUCCACCAGAAUAUUUACAGGGAUACAUUUAUCGUCACCCUGGGCAAUGCCAUCACCAGCAUCCUGGCCGGGUUUGCCAUCUUCUCCGUCCUGGGCUACAUGUCGCAGGAGCUGGGCAUCCCUGUUAACCAAGUGGCAAAAGCAGGUCCCGGCUUGGCUUUCGUGGUGUACCCCCAGGCCAUGACGAUGCUUCCUCUUUCUCCACUCUGGUCUUUCCUUUUCUUCUUCAUGCUGCUGACCCUGGGCCUGGACAGCCAGUUUGCCUUCAUGGAGACCAUUGUUACCGCAGUGACCGAUGAGUUUCCUUAUUACCUGCGGCCCAAGAAGGCUUUUUUCUCGGCCAUCAUCUGUAUCGCCAUGUACCUGAUGGGGCUCAUUCUCACGACAGAGGGCGGGAUGUACUGGCUAGUCCUGCUGGAUGACUACAGUGCUGGGUUUGGACUCAUGGUGGUGGUGAUUACAACCUGCCUGGUGGUGACACGUAUCUAUGGCAUGAAGCGGUUCUGCCGGGAUAUUCACAUGAUGCUGGGCUUCCAACCAGGGCUGUACUUUAAAGCCUGCUGGAUGUUCCUGUCCCCGGCAAUGAUGAUGGCCCUGCUAGUGUACAAUAUAGUGAAGUACCAGCCCUCAGAGUAUGGGAGUUACCGUUUCCCAUACUGGGCCGAGGUCCUGGGCAUCCUGAUGGGGCUGUUCUCCUGCCUGAUGAUCCCUGCAGGGAUGGUGGUCGCGGUGCUCAGAGAAGAAGGGACGCUGUGGGAGAGAAUCCAGCAAGCCAGCCGGCCAGCCAUGGACUGGGGCCCUUCUCUGGAGGAGAACAGAACCGGCAUGUACGUGGCUACCUUGGCCGGCAGCCAGUCCCCCAAACCCUUGAUGGUCCACAUGAGGAAAUACGGGGGAAUUACCAGCUAUGAGAACACAGCCAUCGAGGUGGACAGGGAGAUCGAGGAGGAAGAGGAGUCCAUGAUGUGAGGAGGCCACGAACCCGGUGGGGAGCAGAGAAUGGGGGACUGCACCCCUGAACUUGCACAGUUGCACUUAGGCACUUCGGGCCGGUUAACAGGCCUUUCUAAAGGCAGCUGCGAGUUGCUGACCUUCCAGCAUCCCACGGGACGCCCUGGCCUCUCCAGGAGAACGCUGCUGAGAAUUCCAGUGUUGCUGAGAUUUUCGUUCAGUGUGGCAAGCUGUGUAAUGAAUGUGUGUGUUAGCUCUCCAGUGUCUGGGACCAGCUGCCCGGACCCUACCCUGCUCCAGGCCUGCCCCAGCCUGCCUGGGGGCCCUCCGCCCAGAGUUAUGACUCACUGACCCCUGUGUAAAGACUGCGACACGCACCCCCUUUGCACUCCUUUUGCCCCGGCAUCAGCGAGCAAGGCAGUGGAGAACAAGGCUAGUAGUUGUUGGUGUUGUUUGUUGUUGCUAAUCCUGUUUAACUCCAAUGACACACGAACACUGUGGAGAAAGGAUGUCUUUGUUAACCCCGCCCUGUCAGUGGAGGGGUGUGAGUGCCCGUGCGUCCCACCUCUGGGAAGGGAAGACCAGAUUGGCCAUUCUUGAUAAAUGAGUCUAGGGAAAAGAAAGCCCAUGUUAUAAAACAAACCAACCUGCCCCCUCCCAGGCCUUUCUGUGCACGGCAGAGAAAGGUCAAACCUGGCCCUGGGUCUGUGAUAAAUCAGUCUUUUGCAGGUUGCUCUUAAGAGGGGCCAUUUGCACUCUGGGUGAGUUCAGAACCUCGGGGUGAGGCGGUGUCAGGUAAACCCCGCCGUGGACUGCAGCUGGUGAUGGAGCAGAGCCUCUGGCUGUGGCUGUCCCUCCCCUAUUCCCGCCCAGGGUGGAGCAGAGUAGGGCCCAAGGGGGCGAUGGCUAAUCUCAGCAGUGCCCUCCGGUCACACGCCCUGGGAGCAGAGUGCGGGCCAGGGGGGCCCACUUGUCGUGAUCGCCGUGUGUUUUUUCCAUUAGUUUGCAAUGCGACGGGAUCGGCCCACUCGCCCCUGAGCGAAGGAGGCAGCAGGACCAGCCAGGCGCUCUCUGGCAUUGCUGCAGCGCUUGUGCUGGGCUGACUACCCCGUGAAUUAUGAAUGAGGAGCUAUUGGAAGUGUUACUAAAAUAACUUCACAGAAAGGAAUGGAAAAAACCUCUCUGCAUGGGAUCUUUGCGAGAUCCCACUCGCUGGGCACAGAGACCCCAUGCUGAGGGGCUGCCUCCGCUCCAGAGUCUUCUCCAGGCAGGGACAGAAAUCCAGUCCCACUUUUCUCCUCCAGUACCAGAGUCCACUCAAGGUGGGCACAGAUCACCUCCCCUUGUAGUCCUGGUUAUUGACGUUUUUUGGGGGGUGCCCCUUAUCUCACAUGGCAAUAGGAAAACCCUGGCCUGGCAAUCAGUGCUUGCAUGACAUGGAGUAUAGCUCCAGGAAUGUCCUGACUUGUCAAAGUCUCCAGGAAGUCCUCUCCCCAUAUGGCCUCUUACAAUUCCUACAGUAGGGUGCCCAGAUAGCAAGUGUGAAAAAUCGGGACGGGGUGGGGGGAAUAGGCGCCUAUAUAAAACAAAGCCCCGAAUAUCAGGACUGUCCCUAUAAAAUCAAGUCUUCUGCUCACCCUAUGCUACAUGCAGCUCUCCACACCUUCCUCCCUCAGCAGUCUGAGGGUAUGGCUACCCUGUGCGCUGUGAGUGCAUCUACACAGCAAAAAUCAAUCCAUCAAUCUGUGGCAGCGAGUCUCAGAGCUCGAUCAACUGACUCGGGCUUGCGGGGCUCAAAAGAGCAGUGUAGACAUUCAGACUCCGGCUGAAACCCGAGAUAUGAGACCCUCCCCUGUUGCCAGGUUUCACAGCCCGGGUUCCAGCCCAAGCCCGAGCAUCUACACUGCUAUGUUUAGCCCACAGCUUGAACCCUGCAUCAAUUGACCUAGGCGCUUUGCUGUGUAGACGUAACCUACGCCUGGGCUCGGAAUCAGGUUUGAGCCCAAGUCCCACUUCUGUCCUCACACAAAUCAGUCUGACCUGGGGCCUAGGACCCUGCUAGGGGAGUGGGUCAGAGCCUGCGAUCUGCUGUGACGUGGGUCCAAGCCCUGGCAAUUUGCAGUGUGGCUGCAGGUCAAGCCGCAGACCCGAGUCAGAAGGUCUGCGUAGCGCAGCAUGGAAGCGUUUGCACGGCUGAGGGACCCGCGUCCAGCAGCUGUGAACCCAGGUUUUCAAUGCAGUGUGGUGGCUCAAGGGCAGGCUCACAGGUCCACAUUGCAGUGCGGGGAUGUCUGCACUUCAAGCUGGGGCUGCAAUCCCAUGUUAGCGCAAUCAGAGGUAGUGCGCUAAAAACAGCAGGGUAGCUGCAGUGGCGCGAGCAGCGGGAGGGGGUAGCUGCCCACCCCCAUAUGUGCUGAGGGUCUCCCACAGGAUUGUACGUGAGGCUGUUAGGCCUUCCCACUGCUGCGGCUAUUCUGGUACUGUUAGCGCACUAGCGUGAGCAGAGCUGGCGUGGGUACGUCUCUCUUCGCCCAGCGUAGCCACAGCCUCAGGGUUGGAGGCCAGGGCAUCAGUGGCUCCUGGCGGCAUGAUUCCGUGUCCUGUGAUUUCCAGCUUUGCCAGCCUGUCCCGCAGGGUCCUGGCAGCCGGUGUGUGUUUGUGCGUCGGUGCGUCAGCAGCUCAGCUCCUGCCGGUGCUGUUGUGCAUGGAGGGUGCAGGGCACCCUCUUUGAAGGAGCAGCCGUUCAAUACCUAAGCUGCCCCCGUGGUGGUUUGUAGUGUAUCCCGUGUUCGCCUACUGUGACGUGUGUUCUCGAGUGUGCGUGUGUCAUCGAUGUAACAUUGCAAACAAAUGAAGAUUCACCCUUCGGUGAGUGCUGUUUUCACUGCACCCUGGGCUUGAAAUGGGCUGGUUACUGACGGCUCCCCAGCUCGCUCGCUCUCGCAUUAGUAAAGCACCAGUUGUGUAGUGGCUAGACGCCACCUUGGGGGGGGAGAAGGGUUAUUUCCACUUCGAGCUGAGCCGUGUUUCAGACACAGCAUUG